UCCACGAAAGCAUUAACCACUCCGGGCUGGGCUGCUUCCUGAGGAUAACUCCGUUCCGACCUACGUUUGUGCCGGCCCAGACUAACUUGAAGGAGGGCUUUUAGUUUGUAGAAAUCUUUAUUAUUCAUUUAUUCUUACACCGACACGAGGAAUCAUCGAUCACAAUAAAGAUGGCGACAGCCGCUUUACCAUGGUGGAGUGUUUGGUGGAAUAUGAGGAGAGUCGCGGCAGUCUAGGGAAUGAGAGAAUGAGGAGCGCUCAACUUCAAGGCGGCAACAUAGCUGAGGAGAUGGACAGAAUCCAGAAGAUUCAAGAUUGUUCACCUGCUUAAGGGCUGCCUUCUGAGGUACAUUGCUUGGUAGCAGGCCAGGGAGUUAGGUGGUCAACUGAAUUGGAGUAAGAUUUUCCUUGUUGUUGACAAUGGCAUGGUGACCUCUUGCUGCUGAAUGAGAACUGCUUCCAAACCAAGCAUUGGGGAAAGCUGGAACCAGAAUUCUGGGAGACUGUUGCAUUGACACAUGGAACCCAGGGUUUAGCAAAACAAAGGUGGAUAUCACUGUACCACACUUAAACUCCAACAGUGUGCUUCUGGAUGUGUCCCUUUUAAAAUGGCACAUAGCUGGAUUUUUAAAAAUUUUAUACAAUCUGUUAACCUCUGCAUUUUAACGGAAAUUUUUUAUUAUCCUGUUUUCUUCUCCACACUACUGAUUGUGCAAGAUUGCAUCUCAAGUGAACUGGCUGGCAGCAGGGCAACUCUGGUAACUCUGCUGGUCUGAUUGCUUUGAAGAAAGAAGAGUAGAAGAAAAAAUAGAAUAAAUCAUGUCAGAGAUACUUGACCUCUCUUUUUUGUCUGAGGUGGAGAGGGAUUUGAUCCUCAGUGUUCUACAACGAGAUGAGGAGCUCCGGAAAGCAGAUGAGAAAAGGAUUAGGCGACUGAAGAAUGAGUUACUGGAGAUAAAAAGGAAAGGGGCCAAGAGGGGAAGCCAGCACUAUAGUGAUCGGACCUGUGCUCGGUGCCAGGAAAGCCUUGGCCGUUUGACUCCCAAGACCAACACUUGUCGGGGCUGUAAUCAUCUGGUAUGUCGGGACUGCAGAAUCCAGGAAAGCAAUGGUACCUGGAGGUGCAAGGUGUGCGCCAAGGAAAUAGAGCUGAAGAAGGCAACUGGUGACUGGUUUUAUGACCAGAAACUGAAUCGCUUUGCUUACCACACAGGCAGUGAGAUAAUUAGGAUGUCCCUGCACCGUAAACCCUCAGUGAAUAAAAGAGAGACAGUGGGACAGUCCCUUCUUCAUCAGUCACAGAUGGAUGAUAUCUGGCCAGGAAGAAAGAUCAUUCAGGAGCAACAGAAGGAGCCCAGCGUGCCAUUUGAAGUGCCCAAGCUGAAAAGUGGAAAGAGUGCACUGGAGACUGAGAAUGAGAGUCUGGAUAGCUACACUGCUGACUCGGAUAGCAUGUCAAGGAGAGACUCUCUGGAUAAAUCUGGACUCUUUCCAGAAUGGAAGAAGAUGUCUGCACCCACAUCUCAAGUAGAAAAGGAAACUCAGCCUGGGGGUCAAAAUGCAGUAUCAAUUGAUGAGGGUGAAAUGAUAUUUAAGAAGAACACCAGAAAAAUCUUCAGGCCUUCAGAAUACACUAAAUCUGUUAUUGAUCUUCACCCGGAAGAUGUGGGACAUGAAAGUGGUUCCUUGGGAGACAGAAGCAAAUCUGUCCCAGGCCUCAGUGUAGAUAUGGAAGAGGAAGAGGAAGAAGAAGACAUUGACCAUCUGGUGAAGCUGCAUCGCCAGAAGCUAGCCAGAAGCAGCAUGCGAAGUGGUUCGUCCAUGAGUACAAUUGGCAGCAUGAUGAGUAUCUAUAGUGAAGCUGGCGAUUUUGGAAACAUCCUUGUGACCGGCAAGAUCGCCUUUUCUCUCAAGUAUGAGCAGCAAACACAGACUCUGGUCAUCCAUGUGAAGGAGUGCCACCAGCUGGCCUGUGCUGAUGAAGCCAAGAAGCGCUCUAACCCAUAUGUAAAGACUUAUCUUCUGCCUGACAAGUCCCGCCAAGGAAAAAGAAAAACCAGCAUCAAGCGGGACACUAUCAAUCCGCUAUAUGAUGAGACCCUCAGAUAUGAGAUCCCAGAAUCUCUCCUGGCUCAGAGGACUUUGCAAUUCUCAGUUUGGCAUCAUGGUCGUUUUGGCAGAAACACUUUCCUUGGAGAGGCAGAGGUCCAGAUGGAUUCCUGGAAACUUGAUAAGAAACUGGAUCAUUGCUUGCCUUUACAUGGGAAGAUCAGUGCUGAGUCCCCGACUGGCUUGCCAUCACACAAAGGCGAGUUGGUGGUUUCACUGAAAUACAUCCCCGCCUCCAAACUCCCUGUUGGAGGUGACCGGAAAAAGAGUAAAGGUGGGGAAGGGGGAGAGCUCCAGGUGUGGAUCAAAGAAGCCAAGAACCUGACGGCUGCCAAAUCAGGAGGGACUUCAGACAGCUUUGUCAAGGGAUACCUCCUUCCCAUGAGGAACAAGGCCAGUAAGCGUAAAACUCCUGUGAUGAAGAAGACUCUGAAUCCCCACUACAACCAUACAUUUGUCUACAAUGGCGUGAGGCUGGAAGAUCUACAACACAUGUGCCUGGAACUGACUGUGUGGGACCGCGAGCCCAUGGCCAGCAAUGACUUCCUGGGAGGGGUCAGGCUGGGUGUUGGCACUGGGAUCAGUAAUGGGGAAGUGGUAGACUGGAUGGACUCGACUGGGGAAGAAGUGAGCCUGUGGCAGAAGAUGCGACAGUACCCAGGGUCUUGGGCGGAAGGGACUUUGCACCUCCGUUCCUCGAUGGCCAAGCAGAAGCUGGGCUUAUGAGCCCCUGUCCUUCUAUGCAGGUCUUGUCCUGUCCAGGGCAAGUCAGAGGAAGCGAAGAAACCAAGAGCAAAGAUUUAUAUUUAGUGUAUGUAUGUGUGUGUGUGCAUGUGUGUUAUGUAUGUGUGUGUAAUAAACAUAUAUUUCUACAAAUCUCAUUAUGUUAGAGUGAUGAAAGUUUGUUCCUCUUUUUAAAGCAGGCUCAAGAAUAAGGGUCUGUUUAAAAUGUUUUCAUUUGUGCAUAAUCUAGUAUAUUUCCAGAGUCCAUUCUUUUAUCUUUAUGAUGUUUAAUUAGCUUAAAAAUCCUUUAAAACAAGUUUUUAUCUCCUGUCUUGCAAUUCUUUUCCUACUUCCCCAGGAAGCCCUGUCUACCUUUGGCAUUUGUAUAGGUCUGAGGCCAGGGCUCUGGGAAGCAGGGUUGGGUUACUAAAGACAGGAGAAGAUGGGAGAGAGGUGAGUAGGUCUGCCCUUUCCUUUCCAAUUUAUGUUUUGAACUCUAUUUUUACCUUGAUAUAUUUCUGGAACUUGGUUUUUAACUCUUAUUGUUUUUAAGCAAUUUCCAUAUUACUUUGGUCUAAUUGUUUUCUUUUAAAUGCUAAGAAAAUUCCUGUUUCUUCAAGCUCCAUACACCUUCCCUAGACCUUUAGGGGACCCUUAUAAUGGAGCUUCUUUAGAAAAACACUUUAAUUAGAUAGUGGCCUUUUGACUGAAUCAUGGACAUGUCCACAAUGGCUUCUCAGUGGUCUCAUAGGACCAGAGGGACUGACAGUGAAAUGUCUCCCAGCCCAUGCUGGAUCUUUGCAUUUUAUACAGAUACAGCUCUUGUUGGACAGCUCCUCAUUUCUCUAAUAAAAGACAAGAUAUCGUCACUCUCAUAUACCACAUCUUUCUUAGCAUUUGUGUCUGCAGUGUGGUACCACACAGAAUAUGAUGGACAUACCAUUACACCAGCCAGAAUAGCCAAGUACUGUCUAAAUUGGCCCAGUGUUUCUCCAGACUGGGCACGGUUAGGGCUCCAAGAGAAUAUGUUCAGAGAAUCUCCCAGUUAUUCUGACUUCCUUUGUGAAGUGGUUUCACUUUCUAUUUUUUCUGUUGUUUCCUAUACUUGACCUAGAUGUAACAUGGGUGUGGUGUGCUGAGACCUUUCUAAGAAGGGUCUGGUGAUCUAAGGUUCAUUUUCUGAAACUCACUGUACCAAACUGACCUUGUUAUUCUUGCAACAGUAUCUACACAGAGUUGUUUGUAAAAGGAGUGUAUACUGGAGAAGAAAUCCCUUUUGGUAGAGUCUGCUAGCUGACUCUCCUAUAAGGCCACUGGACUAGGGGUGGCUGCAGUGGUUUCUAUUGUACAUGUGAACUGAAUAGAGGAGUGUUUUUAAAAGGUUUGGUGUGGGUGUGGAUUAAUAUUGUAACAGAAAGCAUCAUUUGGGAUCCUGGGCUGUAACUUGCUCCUUUGUUCUCUACCCCCUGAAAUGUAUGUGUGCUUCAAUAAAGCUUUUUCA